UUCAGGAUAGAGCAGUGAACAUAUCGUGGUGUGAAUUCGACAACAUCACGUGAAGAGUGUUGAUUAAUAAUCUGAACCCCGGCUGUCACUCACCUGAACCUCAGCGGGUACAGAGAGGGCCUUUACACUGGAAGAUGUGAAGGUGCUGGUGACCAGGUGUCCAAAUAUUCAAGCGCUAGAUUUAAGUGACAGCACUCUCCUGAUGGCCGACAGCUUCCCGGUCCUCAGACAGCUGAAGGGUUUGCUCCAUCUCUCUCUGAGCCGCUGCUACCACAUCCACCUCGCUGCCCUCACGGACCUGGGCUCCAUGUUCCCUCUUCUCUCUCUGCUGGACGUGUUUGGCAUCGUGAACGACGGCCACCUGUCCUCUCUGAAGAAGGAGCUUCCUCGCAUCAGCAUCAACUCCAGACCGUUCUCCAGCAUCGCCCGCCCCUCGCCCUCCUCAGGCCUCACCGGCGGCUUCAUGUGGAACAGGAAGUGCCAGCUGAGUUUCAAACUGUAGCCGCCAUGUUUUUGUAAGCUGAGUGAGUGUCUGUUACAUGUCCCAUGUUUCAGAGUUUCUGCUGCUACACAUGUUGUUAGUGUUAUCUGGCGUAAAGAGGUUAAAGGUCACUUUAAGGCGGAUGAUUCUUUAUUUAGAAAAGUCAGAUUUUGACGUUGAAUCCAGUUCUUGUUGGAAUGUUUUAAAACAAACGUUUGAUGGAUUUUUGAAUCAGUUUUAGGUUCUAAUAAUGUUUAUUUAAAAAUAUUUUGUAAGGGAAACAUGGUUUUAAAGACGCAAUGGAAAUGAAGAUGUAUGGAGUCUUUUUUAAAACUUGAGACAAUUGUUCUCGGGGAAAUAAUGAGGUGGUUUUAAAGAGUUCAGAAGAUUGAAUGUAAAAUGAUGAACUUCUUAUCAGUGCAUUAUGUCACCGUAUUUUCACCGCUCUUGUUCAUUAAUGUCAGAUGUGAAAUUUAACUGUUGUCUCCUGAGUCUUUACAGUAAACCACUGAAUGCAC